AGCAGCGCAAACAUUUGCGUUCGUUGUUUCGGGUUUUGAAACCGUCCACUGUAAUGACAGGCUGUUUAAACCAGGUGGCGCGAAAUCAGGAACUGCAGGAUUAGGCAAGACAGAGAGUGUAUGAUGCAAUCGAGCAGCAUGGAUCCAUGACCUAUGAAGCUAUUUAUGAUAUGAAAUAUGUUGAAAAUUGUAUCUAUGAAUCGCUUCGUAAAUAUCCUCCAAUCUCAAACAUUCUCCGAUGCGUCACCAACAGCUACAAGGUACCCGAAACCGAUAUAGUGCUUGCGAAGGGAUGUCGUUUAAUAGUGCCCGUGUACUACCGGGAUCCGGAAACGUACUAUCCGGAUCAAUUUGAUACGGAUCAGGUUCUCGAGAGACACCAAAUGGCAUUCAUUUCGUUUGGUGAUGGACCUCGUAACUGCAUCGAAUUGCGGUUCGGAAUGAUGCAGGCGCUGAUUGGUAUGGCUCAUUUCAUAUUUUAAUUGGGGUUUGCCGAGUAUACCCAAUAAGUGGAAUAAUAGUGGUUUCGAUGUGAUUCGUACAAUAACACUAGAAAAAACAAGUAUGUGGUAAUG